GGAUAAAAAGAGGGAGAGACUGAGGCACUGUUCUUCAUCUGAGAAGUUUGAGUAGUGCCUGAAGAGUAUAGCAGUCAGCUGUGGAGUCUGUUAACAUCUGGAAGUCUCCAGAGGUUCUGCUGCUGUCAUGGACUUUAGCGUGGUGCUGCUGUCCUUCCUCCUGGUGUCUCUGAGCUGGUCCAGAGGAGCCGUCAUCACAGGGGCCUGUGAGAGAGAUGUGCAGUGUGGGUUUGGUCUUUGCUGUGCUGUCAGUCUGUGGCUGAGGGGUCUGAGGAUGUGCAUCCCGAGAGGGGUAGAAGGGGACGAAUGCCACCCUUUCAGCCACAAGGUGCCAUAUGCGGGGAAACGACUACAUCACACAUGCCCUUGCCUUCCUCACUUGGUGUGCACCAGGUUUGCUGACAACAAGUAUCGAUGUACUGAAGACUUCAAAAACAUAGACUUUUAACAGCUGGACAGAGAGCAGGAAGCAGCAGCUACGACUGAAGACUUGAACAAAAUGUGGAUCACAAUCCUGCUCGACUAUAUUCAUCAUUUAUUUACUCUAUGCAGGAAAAUAGAAAUUAUACUGAUGCACAAGUCUAAAAUAUGACAAGAGAAAGAUAUGAGGAACCUCCAGAGAAGUGAGACGUCUUGACUUUGGCAUCAAGAUGUUUGUGAAUCAUUUAAACAUUUACUGUUUCUGUUUUUGCUCACUUUAUAUUAUUUAUCAGAAGAUAUGUUAAAAUAUAUUAUUAUCAAUAAAAAUAAUGUUAUUAAUUUCUC